AGCCAUCUGGUGACAGCCUCCUGCCGAGCAUGGCCCUCCUCGCCCAGGGCCGGGACCCCUGGAGCCUCCUGGGCCUUCUCUCCCAGCUGUUUCUGGCUCUGCUGCUGACCACAGGGGGCGGUGGGCAGGAGCCCCUGCCCAGGAUCACGUACGGUGCAGGGGACGGGCGCAGGGCUCUCAGCCUCUUCCACCAGAAGGGCCUCCAGGAUUUUGACACUCUGCUCUUGAGUGGUGACGGAGGCACUCUCUACGUGGGGGCUCGAGAGGCCAUUCUGGCCUUGGAUAUCCAGGACCCAGGGAUGCCAAAGCUGAGGAACAUGAUACCGUGGCCGGCCAGCGACCAAAAAAAGACUGAAUGUGCCUUUAAGAAGAAGAGCAAUGAGACACAGUGCUUCAACUUUAUCCGUGUCCUGGUCUCUUUCAACGCCACCCACCUGUACAGCUGUGGCACCUUCGCCUUCAGCCCUGCUUGUACCUUCAUUGAACUCCGAGAUUCCAACCUGUUGCCCAUCUCCGAGGACAAGGUUGUGGAGGGAAAAGGCCAAAGCCCUUUUGACCCUGCCCAUAAGCACACGGCUGUCUUGGCAGAUGGGAUGCUCUAUUCUGGCACCAUGAACAACUUCCUGGGCAGCGAGCCCAUCCUGAUCCGCACGCUGGGACCCCAGCCCGUCCUCAAGACCGACAAUUUCCUCCGCUGGCUGCAGCCGGACGCCUCCUUCGUGGCAGCCAUCCCUUCGACCCAGUUCGUCUACUUCUUCUUCGAGGAGACAGCUAGCGAGUUCGAGUUCUUCGAGAAGCUCCAUACGUCGCGGGUGGCCAGAGUGUGCAAGAACGACGUGGGCGGGGACAAGCUGCUGCAGAAGAAGUGGACCACCUUCCUGAAGGCCCAGCUGCUGUGCACGCAGCCCGGGCAGCUGCCCUUCAACGUCAUCCGCCACGCCGUCCUGCUGCCCGCAGCUGCCUCCGCCGAGUCCCGCGUCUACGCGACCUUCAGCUCUCAGUGGCAGAUCGGUGGGACCAGGAGCUCUGCUGUCUGUGCCUUCUCCCUCAAGGACAUCAAGCGUGUCUUUGAGGGGAAGUACAAGGAGUUGAACAAAGAGACUUCACGUUGGACUACUUAUGGGGUCCCUGAGAUCAGUCCCCGGCCAGGCAGCUGCUCCGUGGGCCCCUCCUCUGAUAAAGCCUUGACCUUCAUGAAGGACCAUUUCCUGAUGGAUGAGCAGGUGGUGGGGACACCCCUGUUGGUGAAGUCUGGCGUGGAGUACACAAGACUUGCGGUGGAGACAGCCCAGGGUGUCGACGGGCAUGGCCACCUGGUCCUGUACCUGGGCACCACCACAGGGGCCCUCCACAAGGCUGUGGUUAGUGCGGACAGCAGUGCUCAUCUGGUGGAGGAGAUCCAGCUGUUCCCCAAUCCCGAACCUGUCCGCAACCUGCUGCUGGCCCCUGAGCAGGGCGCAGUGUUUGCGGGCUUCUCAGGGGGCAUCUGGAGGGUUCCCCGAGCCAACUGUAGUAUCUAUGAGAGCUGUGUGGACUGUGUCCUUGCCCAGGACCCCCACUGUGCCUGGGACCCUGAGUCUGGAACCUGCCGCCUCCUGCCCACCCCCAUCCCGAAGUCCUGGAGACAGGACACAGAGCAAGGGAAUCCAGGGUGGGCAUGUGCCACUGGCCCCGUGGGCAGGAGCCACCAGCCUCAGAGCCGCCCCCAAAUCAUUAAAGAAGUCCUGGCUGUCCCCAACUCCAUCCUGGAGCUCCCCUGUCCCCACCUCUCGGCCCUGGCCUCUUACCGCUGGAGUCACGGCACAGCCAAGAUCCCAGAAGCCUCUUCGGCGGUCUACAACGGCUCCCUGGUGCUGCUGCUGCAGGGGGCGGUGGGGGGCCUGUACCAGUGCUGGGCCACGGAGAAGGGCUUCUCAUACCCUGUGGUCUCCUACUGGGUGCACAGCCAGGAUCAGCCCCUGGCCCUGGACCCCGAGCUGGCGGGCAUUCCCCGGGAGCGUGUGGAGGCCCCACUGACGAGGGUUGGUGGCGGGGCCGCUCUGGCUGCCCAGCGGUCCUACUGGCCCCACUUCCUCACAGUCACUGUGCUCCUGGCCUUAGUGCUUUCAGGAGCCCUCCUCCUCCUCCUUGCCUCCCCACUGGGGGCUCUCCGAGCCCGGGGCAAGGUGCAGGGCUGCAGGACCCUGCCCCCGGGGGAGAAGGCCCCCCUGAGCCGGGACCAGCACCUCCAGCCUCCCAAGGAACGCAGGACCUCCGCCAGUGAUGUGGACGCUGACAGCAGCCGCCUGGGCACUGAGGUGGCUUGAACUCUGGGCCCAGGGUGGGGCUGUGUAGGAUAGGGCGGGGCACCUGGCCGUGCUGGCUGGGGGGACUGGGGCAGUGCAGCCCUGAGGAUGGGGGAGGAGCACAAAACACCACCUUCCUGCCAUGCCACCACGGCCCUCAGCGGUUCUGGACACAGCGGCCUGACCCCCUGGGGGCCUCCCCUCCGCUGCGCCCAUGGGCUCUCCAACGGGCUGUCCCGGACCUUGACCGGAUAAGAAGACCUAGAGGGGAUCCUUCAGCUCUGGCCAUUCCAAGAUCCUCCAGAAACUACUGUUCCAGGAGCCCCUAAAACACACGACUGUUCCAGGCCCCUAUGGUUACAAACCAGACAGCACACCGCGGCCCAGAGACCCCUGGGGGCAGCAGCACCACGGACACCAAGGCUCCACUCUCCCGGGGCCCUGCUGGGAGCUGCCCCCUCCUGCUCCCCUUGUCAGCUGUGCACCACUGACGCCCCGGAAGUCUUUCUGGAGGUCUGGCCACCUUCCUUCUUGCUUCAGCUCCCUGCUGUGGCUGGAAGAACAGGGGCAAUCUGAGCCUUGUUCCCUCCUCUACUCUGGCUGACCUCUUGAUCUCUCUCCUCUCCCCUUUCCUUUAUUUUGGGAUUCAGAAAACCGCUUGUCACAGACAGUUUAUUUUUUAUUAAAAAGACGAAGCUCA